CCUGCCUAUAUUCACACAACUAAGGUAAAGCCGAAACCUUCCAUAUAUAGCCAGCCAAAGAAAUGUGGAGUACAAAACUCUUUGGUCUCUUUCUUCUUUCAGCAUUCACCUUAUACCCACCUUCAACCAUGGCUCAACCAGUCUUCGACCUUGAUGGCCAUCCGGUUAUAAACGGUGGCUCAUACUAUAUUAUGGAAUAUAUGGGCAGUGGAGUAGAGCUAGCCAAAACGGGGAAUGAAACUUGCCCUCUCAGUGUUGUGCAAUCUUCCAGUUUUGGGUCGACUGGGCUACCAGUGAAGAUUUCAUCCAUGCUCCGUACUCCUUUCGUCACCAUUGGAAGAGUGGACCUUAGUUUCACUGGUGUUCCGGAUUGUGCCACCACUCCUUCUGGGUGGACCGUCGUCGAGGGUCUACCGGAGGGAUCCGUGGUUAAGAUUACUGGCUACGAAAACACGGAGAAUGGUCACUUUCUAAUUGAAAAAGCUUCUUUUCGCAAUAUCUAUAAGCUUUCGUUCUGUAUAGUUGGCAAACUCGGGUGCGGAACUAUUGGGCUUAUUAAAGAUGAUAAACAAAACGACCUUUUGGGUGUGACUUGGGACUAUGCGUUUGAGUUUGUGCUGGUGAAAACUGAUGAUCAGCCUACUUCAUCUUCUGCGUGAACACUAAUGAAGCAUUGAUCGACCAUGAGAAAUGGUCUACUUUCUCGUGGCGAGAGACAUGUGUGUGAUGAUGAUAAAUAAACAUGAUUUGGUUGUAGUUGUAGUUACUACAAACCUAAAAUAAAUGAAGAAUAUAAUAUUGUAAGGUUUACACUCUAUGGUGUAUCAAUGAAGAAUAUCAAUUUUAUGUUUA